AUGAGUUUGCUAAGCAUCUGGCAGUACGAGGAAGAUUCAUACAAGGAAUCCAUCGAAUCGUUGAAGAAAGAGCUUCAAGAAUCCAAAGAAUCCGAGAAGAAACUGCAGGAUUUGUUGUUGAUUCAGACCAAAGAGUUGGAGAAAACCAAGGUUUCGCUCGAGGAAUCGAAGCUAGAAAUCAAGUCCCUCCUCGAGAGUCUCGAGAAACACGAGAGCUCGUCCGAGAUAGCCUCCCAGAGUUCCACCAGCGAUGAUCAUUCUUCGGCCGAAUCCCUCGAACACGAGCUUCGAGUCACGAAAUCAAACUUGGCUAAAACACAGGAGAAAGCCAAGAGUCUAGCCGAAGAGGUGAUGAUGUGGAAGAACGAGCUUCAACACACAAUCGAAGCCGAGGAAAACAACAAGAAAGCCAUGGAUGGUUUAGCUUCGGCAUUGCAGGAAGUGAUAAUCGAAUCGAAUCAAACCAAGGAUAAGCUCUCGUCAACAGAGGAAGAGCUCAAGAAGACUAAAAAGGAAGUCGAGGAAUUGAAGGUGACGCUGAAGAAAAUCAAGGAUCAAUGCGUGGACGAACGAAGAGAAGCCGAUCGACAAAAGAACAUUGCCGAGAGAUUAAGGGUAGAAGCUGAAGAAUCGAUCAUCGGAUGGAGUGAACAGCAGAAAGGGUUCGUCGAAUGCAUUAAAAAGGCUGAAUCAGAAAAGAAUCCCGCUCGAGAAGAGUGCAAAACAUUGAAGGAUUCCCUUAAAGAAGCAGAGGAAGCCAACAAUAAAUUCAAGGAAGAGAUUCAGAAACUAAGGGACAUAAUGAGACAGGCCUUAACCGAAGCAAAUGUAGCCAAAGAAGCAGCUAGUGCUGCUAAGGAAGAAAUUUCGAAACUCAAAGACGCACUCGCUCAAAAGGAAGAAGCUUUGAAAUUGCUUAACCAAGAAAACGAGAAGCGUGCGAGAAGCAAAGCAAGCGCACGCUCAAAAUCACCGGCGAGAGGGACCGCGUUGAUGACGAUGAAGCAGUACUCGGAAAUGGAUGAUUCCAAGCAGUGUAAGGAACAUAAUGACCAUGAUAAAGAAAGCGAACAACCUACACUAAGACCAAGAAGAUCGCCGUCACCGUUACCGGUUCUGGGGAGGACUGCAUUGUUAACGAUGAGGCGGUACUCAGAAACGGAGUAACA